AACAUUUACAUUAUUUUUUAAAAGUUAGUGCAGGUUUUCGCAGAAUCAGAGGGUAAAUAUUUGUCGUGCAGCAAAGAUGUCAAAAUCCAUACCGGAUUUGCAAGAUUCUCUAGUAAAUGAUAAGGAAAAUACAAAUAAUAUUGUUCCUGUAAAAAUGGAGAAAACUAUUGGUCUUGUCAGCAGCAUCACAAUUAUCAUCGGUUCAAUCAUUGGUUCGGGUAUAUUUGUUAGUCCAACUGGUAUAUUAGAAAAUAUGCAGAGUUUUGGUGCUAGCUUAAUUAUUUGGAUUGGGUGUGGAAUUUUUUCUUUACUGGGAGCCUAUUGCUACGCUGAGCUAGGCACAAUGAUUCAACGCUCAGGUGGAGAUUAUGCUUAUGUGCUUGAAGCAUUUGGUUCAUUUAUGGGAUUUUUACGUCUGUGGAUUGAAGUGAUGGUAGCCAGACCAGCUACAAUGGCUGUCAUUGCUAUGACAUUUGCUAAAUACAUUUUACAGCCUAUAUUUCCUGACUGUCCACAGUCUAAUGCAGUUGUACGAUGUUUAGCAGCUGUAUGUAUCAUGAUCCUGGGAUUUAUAAACUCUGUCUCUGUACGUUGGUCUACACGUGUACAGGAUAUUUUCACAUAUACCAAAAUAAUAGCAUUAUUAAUGAUUAUUAUUACAGGAUUUGUACAAAUUGGUUUAGGUCACGUUGAAGAAUUUCAAUCACCAUUUGAAGGAUCUAAUUGGAAUCCUGGAAGUAUUGCCAAAGCAUUCUAUUCUGGUUUAUUCUCUUAUGCUGGUUGGAAUUAUUUAAAUUGUAUGAUUGAAGAAAUGAAAAAUCCUAAACGUGAUUUACCUAUUGCUAUUGUUUUCUCAUGUCUUGUUGUGACUAUUGUCUAUACAUUAGCUAAUGUUGCUUAUAUUACUGUGGUUUCAUUGAAUGAAAUAUUAACAACACCGGCUGUUGCUGUAACAUUUGCUAAUCGAAUAUACGGUCCAGCAUGGUGGAUUAUGCCAAUAUUUGUUGCUUUUUCAACAUUUGGUGGUGUUAAUGGCAAUAUGUUGACUACAUCAAGGAUAUUCUUUGUAGCUAGCCGUGAAUCUCAUAUGCCCAGAUUCAUAUCUUUUCUGCAUAAGGAUAAAUUGACACCAAUACCAGCUGUCCUUUUUACUUGUAUCACUGGUAUAGCUUAUCUUCUUGUAACAGAUAUUUAUUCACUGAUGACCUAUUUGGGUUUUGUUCAAUGGUUAGCUAUUGGCGUAUGUGUAAUGAUUGUUAUCGUAUUCAGAUAUACACGACCUGAUGCCAAACGUCCAAUUAAAGCUCCUUUACCAUUUGCAAUUAUUUAUGUGACAAUAACAUUCUUAUUGGUUAUUUUUACAUUUAUUGGUGCACCAAUUGAAUCAUUAAUGGGGUUACUUAUUAUUUUCACUGGAAUUCCGGUUUAUCUUAUUGGUUGUGUAUGGAAGAAUAAACCGAAAGUAUUUCAACGUGUAUUAUAUGACUUCACAUUGGGUUCACAAAAACUUUUACAAUUAAUACCUGAAAGUUGAUUUUACUUAACUACUUUACUGUGCUUAUUCAAUAUCCUAACACGUACACAUACACACCCAUAAUGUCAAAUGACAAUGGUUAUUUACGACAUGAUUAUUAUUAUUAUUAUUAUUAUUAUUAUUAUUAUUAUUAUUGUUAUUGAACUUCUUUUAUUUACAAUAAAGGAAGGAUUAAUUUUCUUCGAUUGUUCCACUUAUAAAAGAACGAGUUCAACUUCCAUUGAAUCAUAGUUUGUUGUAUUCCAUUGAAACAAUUGAUGAUGAUUAUUACCAACUGUAUGCAUAAAUCAUUAGUGUUACUAAGGUACUCAAACUAUAAAUGGUGUGUAUCUAAUAGUAAAGUUGCAUUUAUUUAUCUCUUUCUUUAUUUAUUUACUUAUUUGUUAACGUAUUUACAUAAACAAACAAGAAGACAAAAACCAUACUGGUUAUUCAUAACAUUCAGAGAAUUGAGUCAAUUUGAUUUAAGUUUUCUCAUUCGGAUACAAAAAACAAACAUUCCUGUUUAUGGAUUCGUUUUUAUCUCUUUUUCUGUUCUCCAUUAUUAUCAAGUGUCAAGUGUAUUAGUGUUGCUAAUCUCCUUUUUUUAAAGUUUUCUUUUACUAUUCUAUCUGUCAUUAUGAUGAAUGUAAUUGAUCUGUUUACUUUCUUCGUUAAGUCUCAUAUUAUCCCAAAUUACUUCUACAUCAUAAUCUUCAUAUAUCUAUCUGUUUCUUUUUAUCUCUUUUAUUACCAUUGAUGUAAAUCAAUUAAUGAUAAUCAUUAUCAUAAAUGGAGUUAAUGCUGAUCAAUGUCAUAAUAAAUACAAUAUCAAUCAGUCAGUCAGUUACAACGUUGAACCAAGCACAUAUGUGGAUCAUUCCAAGUUGUCCUACUUCAUUGCCACAACAAUAUUCAACUCGUUCAUUCCCCCCCCUCCAAAAAAAGUAAACAUUUUCUAUUCUGAUAUAUAGUCUAAUCUUCAUAUCAUUCAUUCUUUCCUAAAACUAUAUACAAAAUAAUCUGUUUAUGAUUACUAAGUCAAGUCAUCGUGUGAAUAUGAUAUUCAUUUGAAACUGUUUGGGGGGAAAAACAAACUACAGAAUAGAAUAGUAUUAGGCUAUUUAUUACUAACAAGAAUAAUAGUUCCUUAACAAUAAACAUUAAAUGCAUAAAAUACAAUGAACUAUGUCACUGUACUACAUUUCGACGAUGAGUUAUUUAAAUAAGCUAGAUUAUUUUAACCCUAUUCCCCACCGCCGUCUCCACUUUGAACCAAUCAGAAAGCCGAUAUUUGAUUGAACUUAGUUACUUACUAUCACUUAAACGAAUGCGUUUAGUGAUAUAAAAUACAGUUCCCCUUAUGAUUAACUAAUUUCUCCAAGUUUACAAUGGGUUUCUUUUUAUUAUCAAAAUAAGUUAAAAUGUAUACAGUAUAAAAAUUCAUUUAUAUAUAUAUAUAACUCCAUGUCAUUUACAUGUUAUACCUUUAAAGAAACAUAAAUAAAGCGUCCUU